CUUCCCUCACAUCGUCUCGUGCGUUUGUCUCGCAUUUCAUCCCACAUUCUGCGCAGCUCUCACUGUUCCUCGCUUAGACUACACUCGCCAUGAGCUUCCUGGGUCUCCGCAAGUGGCCGACUCCUGUCGCCAAGCCUUUGUGGCCUUUCGCUAUCGCUGGCGCAAUCACUUUCGCCCUCGUUGCAAAGGCGCAGGACAUGGGUGUCAAGUGUGCGUUUGCCUUGUGUAUGCCGUGCCACGUAUCGCUCACUGCGCAUAAUCCUCCAGCCGAGACCUGGCGCAAUGACCCGCGCAACCCGUACGCUGCGCAAAUCGCAAAGGAGUCUCACCAUUAGGACGUAUCCCGCGGAGCUGUUGUAGACCAAAUGUUAAUCCGACGCACGUGCGCGCAUCUUACCUCCUUGUUUGAACCGUCUAAGUACCUCGGACUGGAAACAACGCCCUACCCGCGACAUCGGAAACCCGACGUUCAUCCGCCUU